UUGUGUGAAGAGAUGGCAAUAAUAAUGUCAUCGGAUUCUGAUGAGAUUUCUCCACAAACAUCGCCCGUAAUUGUCGACUACAACGGUUCCAACGGUUCCGCUCCCAACUCUCCGAUGUCCUCAAAUGUGUCCUCAAAUCUCAAUAGAUCAGUACUGAAUAGUCGGUCUCAACCUAUAGUUUCUGCGGCAUCUUUAAUGCCAACAGUUUUUGGAUCCGCCGAUCACUUAAUGUCAAGCCAUCAUUUAGGCCGAAAGCAAACGCCAUGGUAUCCAUGGGCUGUAUCAUCGGCUGUCAUCAGUGGCGAACAUUCCCAUCAACAGACAAACUCUGCACAUCAAUACCUAUUCCGGGACUAUAAAAACUCAGAUUCUGUAAAAGAUAGUCACUCGGAAUUGACACUAGAGUUGGACAGUAGGGUUAUGUCGCCCAUGGAAUCAAGUGAUAAGGAGAGCAGUAAUCUAAGCAGUAAUGAUGUCUCUCCCAAUUCAACCACAUCUAUGACCACAAGCAGCAAGAAUUGCGGACCAAAUAAUGAUAACAAUAAUAACUGCAGUUCCAACUAUGAGUUGAGUGAAACUGUACUAUAA